AUGCUCUUCCUUACCGUGAUUUUGUUUUUCCUCACUUUUCUGCUGGCGUUUGAUUUAUUUGCUCCCAAAAAAUAUGCUCGUGGUGAAAAAGUAAGCCUAUUAUUCAACAAGAUCGAGAGUGACCACACUCAGUUACCAUACCGAUACCAUGACUUACCUUUUGUAUGCUACGAUAAAACACAAAAAGCCAAGACUUUGCUGUUGGGAGAAGUUUUGAAAGGAGACAGAUUUUGGGAAUCGAUCUAUGACCUUCGUUUUGGUGUUGACCAGCCGUGUACACAUCUUUGUAAUAUGUACACUUCUCUGAAUGGAGUCGCAAGAGCUGAUCAUUUGAUCAGAAAUGGAUACGUGGUUCAUUGGAGCCUUGAUGGCUUACCAGGAGCAACCACUUUCACCAGUGCAAACCGUGGAUCCAAGUACUAUGCCGCGGGAUUCCCGUUGGGCUUUGUCAGUGGAGAGACUGCUUACUUGUACAAUCAUGUGACAAUUGUUGUGCGUUAUCACAGAGAAAAGUCAGGGCUCAAUGCAAUUGUUGGAUUUGAAAUCUACCCGAAAAGUGUCAAUGGAAACGAAUGCCCUACCUCUUCAAAGAACUACAAAAAUUUGCCUCUCACGGUGAUGAAAGACGAGUUUGGAAAACCAGUGACUCAAAAGUUUCACAUCCCAUAUACCUAUUCCGUUUAUUGGAGAGAAGAUAACUCGGUCACUUACAACAGCAGAUGGGACUUGUACUAUGACAAUGAAACCACCGCAACGAGUAGUCAGAUUCACAUGCUCUCCUUGGUUAAUUCAGUGCUAUUGAAGUCAGAUUUGCAAUCAGAAACCACAAUUCCAAUUGCGUAUACAGACAUUCUGGGGCUGCUGAUUAGCUCGGGCCUGUGGAAAAACUUAGUUCAUGAGGUUAUGGGUCCACCAUCACAGGUGGCUUUCUUGAGCACCUUGUGUGCGAGUGGUAUUCAGUGCCUUGUCGCGAUGCUUAGUGUCGUUAUCAUCUUCACAAUCAAUAAUAAGUUAAGCCUUGGACUGGGGCCUACUUCCAACACUUUUUUUAACAACCAUCAAGGAGCAUUUUUCUCUUGCUCAAUUGUGAUUCUUCUAGCUUCAGGAUUUGUAUCUGCUUCUCUUGGUAUCAUUUUUCACAAACUCUUGUCCAAUGAUCUGCCGAACACUGUAUACACCUCAUCGAAGACCCGUGUAUUAUCUUGUGCAUUUGCCGGCAUGUUCCCUUUUACUAUUUUUUCAGCUGUCAUGGUCAUCAACCUAUUCGUGUGGGCAAAAGAGUCUUCGAAUGCCCUUCCCUUUGGCACAAUUGUCAUACUACUCUUGCUAUUUGGUAUAAUUGAGCUUCCGCUUGGUAUACUAGGAGGCGCUUUAGGAAACAGGCACGAAUUCAGUACAGACUCAAUAUUUGUUAAAUCGUACGUGCAAAGCCUGGAAAAACAUGUUGUUUGCCGUCGUUCUAUCGUUAUGAGCCCUAUAUCCAGUAUUUUGGCAUUUGGGCUAAUACCAUUUGGCAUAGUAUACGUUGACCUCUUGUUCAUCUUCAAUUCCGUGUGGCUCGAAAAGACGACGUUUUACUAUAAGUAUGGCUUCCUUCUUUUGACUAUCCUACUUCUCUCGGUGGUUGUUGCGGAAUCUGCGAUUGUUGCAACUUACAUCUCCUUGACUGUCUACAAUAACCCCAAAUGGCAGUGGCUAUGCUUCCGAGUAAGUUCGAGUAUCGGAUGGUAUAUCUUCGGAUAUUCGAUAUACUACUUCAUUUACAACUUGCAGAUGAGUGACCUAGUCAGCAUCAUAAUUUAUUUUUCCUACAUGGCGCUUGUGUCGGCUGCUGUUGGGGUGAGCUGUGGCGCCGUUGGAGUCACGACUGCUUUGUUUUUCAUCCGAAAAAUCUAUGGCGCGGUGAAAAGAGACUGA